UUCUUCGUAUUUGCUACCGAAGUGCUGCCAAAAUCUCUACAGUGCUUAUGUGAGUGUUUCGUGUGUUAUAUUUUCAACUUUGAAACUCGUUCUGCACUAUCGAAAUCAGGUAACUUAUGAACUUUUGUGAUUCAAGUUCUAGUGGUGAAUUUUAUUCUCCUCCCACCCUUUCUAAUUUAGAUUUAAGCCCUCUUAAAAAGGUUAGGGUUAGGAGUGAGAGUGAUAUUGAGCGUGAGUUAGAGUUUUUUGAAGAUCCUGACUACAUCCCUCCCCCUACUCCGUGUAGUGAAAGUUACGAGACUGGCGAGAUGUCUUAUGAGGAAACAUUAAGCAUUGGGGGGAGCGAGGAAGUAACGAUGCUAGAGUACAGUGAUGUAAGUGUGAAGGGUGGGUUGUCUGGGUCUGAGGGUACAAAGGGAGGGGUAGGGAGAAAUGAAGUUGUUGAGGUUGGGGCAGAAGAGGUGCCUGCCAAUAUAUUAGAAGUGGGAAAUAGGAAUAAUAAGUUUUACGAUAGUGGGGCAGACAUUGUGUCUGAGGUAAAGGAGUAUGAGUCUGAGCUUAGGAGUAGGGAUAGCCUGAGUUAUCUCGUAGAGACUUACGAGAUUUCUUUUAGAGUAUUAAUUAGUGAUGAGGAAGAAGAAGUGGAGAAGCUGGUGAGAAAAGAAGGUGAUAUAGUAAAUAUUAUGUUUCUCACCAGCUCGGAUGUUAUAGAAGCAGCUGAUCUCUAUGGACCGAGCUCAAUGAGUGAAGCUAAAAUGGACAAAUAUCUUGGUGCUGCUGGUGGGGUGGCUAUUCCCAAAAAGCCAAGGAAGAAGUCCAAGACUUUGGAAAAUGUUGCGAGUGGGAAAGGAGAUGGGAACAUGGAGAAGGGACAGAUAUCAAGUACAGAAGUCCAAACUAUAGAGGAGGUGGAGCUGAGGUCCAAACGGAAGAGGGAUGAAAUGGAUCAAGCUCAAAAGAAGAAGAGGAGAAUGGAGGAUGAGGUCAGGGGGGACGAGGCAGUGGAAUUUGUACCUCGGCCUGCUCCUGUUGAGCUUGAUCCGGAUCUUAGAGAGAUCGAGAACAAGAACUUCUUUGCGACAAAAAAUUUCAUCAACGCCUAUGUGCCUGAGGUGGAUCGCCGUAAAGCAAGGGAUGAAGCCUUGGUACAUGGAGGGACCUUAGUUGUGAGGCAUGCUCUUGAGGUUAAUGUGCUAGCCCAAGAAUUCAUGGAGUUCAUGAAGGAGGGCAAUAGCCUACAGAAGGAAAGUGAUAAGCUGUUGAAGAAGAAUGGAGAUAUGAAGAGGGAACCGGAUAUAGUGGUACCAGCAAUGACGAGUUUACAAGAGGAGAGAGACCCACUUAAGACAAUUCUUUCAUUCGAAGAGAAGAAAAGGAAAAUGUGUGAAGAAGAGAAUGAAGCACAAAAGGAGGAAAUAAGAAGAAUGAGAGAAUCCGAAGUGGAACUCAAAAAAAAUGUCCAGCUAUUGGUACACAAUGGGAUGAAGGAGCAUAUCAACAACUUUGUCAACUCUAGAAGACCAACCACCUCUUCCAGUAGAUCAGGAGCCAUCCCAGCCACCUCCUCCAGCAGAAUAGUUAGGGAUUUUUAUUUUUUGAUUCAUAUAGUUAGGAUUUGAACAAUGAUUAAUGUAAACAUUUUUGAUUAAUUUAAGGAAAAUUUUUGAAAUUAGUGUUAAUGCUUAUUUUGUGCUUUCAAUUGUUUUGUAUUAAUGUAACGAUUUAGAUAAAGUAAACACUUCGGAUAUGAACUGAGAAGAAGUAAAUAACCUCAGAUAUGAGUUGAGAAGAAGUAAAUCACUUUAGAUAUGAAAUGAAAUUCUUUAAUAAAAGUGAAGUCCAAGG